AUGCAACCUCAAAAUCCAAAUACACAACGGCCUGAAAAUCAUCCUUAUAUGCCAUAUGGCUAUCAAAAUCCUAAUAUGAUGCCACCAAAUUAUGGAAUGCAAUACCCGUAUAAUCAUCCUUGUAUGCCAUAUGACUAUCAACCAGUUCCUGGAAACAGCUCUCUUCCAUCUCAUGUCAAUUUUCCAAACAUUGAACCGACUAGUAAGCCAAACACACCUCGCUUUAGUAGUGGAUCCACUGAUAUCCCACAAUUUUCUACACAAAUCUCUCUGGGAGAACUUGGUGGGGAUACUCCCCACAGUUUUGAAGCUCCAACCCAACAAUCAGCGAAGAAAGGAAAUUACGCCAGUUGGACUUUUGAAGAGAACAAGUUGUUAUUAACUGGUUAUUUCCACUACAGUACUGACAGUGAAUUGGGUUCAAAUCAAAAGGGUGAUACUUUUUGGGGCAAAAUCUCUGAUUACGUGAAUGAGAACUCCGAUCGUGGGAUACAGAGGAACAUUGUAAAAUGUCAAAGUCAUUAUCGUGACCUCAACAAGAAGAUUAGUAUUGUUGGUUGUUAUAGUGCUGCUACUAGGGAGAGACGUAGUGGUUGGUCAGACAAUGACUACAUAUCCAAAGGUCUAGAGUUGUACAGUGAAAACCAAGGUACAAAGUUUUAAUUGUUGGAUGAGUGGAAGUUGGUUCGUCACCAACCCAAAUAUAUCACAGGAGCAACUGAAUCUGGAAGUAGUGGAUCUAAGAGAAAGAGUGGUAGCGAUGACGUUGAUUCUGCUAUUCAUUCCCUUGUACGUCCGGAAGGUAGGGAUGCAACAAAGAAGAAAGCUAGAGCUUCAUCUAGUAAAUCAUCAACUUCAAGAAAAUCAAAGGUUACCAUUCAGGAAGAGUUGUCCGAUUUAGCAUCUCGUCGUGACGCUAAUGAACAAUACAGGGCGUCUCAAGUCUCAGCUAUCCAGGAGUACAAUCGCAAUAAGAAGUUAGAGAUGUGGUUGAGCUUGAAGAACAAAGAGGCCCGAGAUGAUGAAGAUGAAGCGGCGUAUAGUAUGUUGAAGAAGGAAUUGUUUGGGAACUAGU